UCUCUCCCCUGCUUGUGUCGGCGGUGCGAUGCUGCUGAUGCUGUUGCUGUGAAUUUGAUUGACGCGAACAUGUCGGUGUGAUGGGGGAGCGCCGGGAUGCAGCCGAUGAUGCUCCAGAAGGGGAAUACAUGCAGUCAAAUCAGACGUUAUCGUUAAGAAAGAUCACCAAUCGUUCUCCUUUAUCAUCAAUGACAAAGAUGUCUCAAUUUGUGUUGCAUUUAACCAGCGCGCAAUGGAUCUAGCUGAUGCCACCGAAGCGAGGAUCUGAUUUUUAUUUUUUCCUUCUUUCCUUCAGUGUAUGUGUAUCAUGGUAGAGUCAAGCUGGAGCAUCAAACAUAAACUGUGCAACCCUGAUGACAACACCGUCAGGAUAUCAGGAUAUCAACAAUGGAAUCGCCUUACACGUAGAGUCUAGUUUUUCAUGAUCACACCAUUAAACGCACUAUCUAAAGUGUUUUCUGAUCUGAUUGAGCGAAAAAAAGUAGCCUGCACAUAAGAAAAGGACCACUGCUCACAAAUUAUGGACGAGGAGAAUAUGACCAAAAGCGACGAGCAUCAUCUGAGUUUGCAAAAAGCCUUGCAGCAGUGCGAACUGGUGCAAAACAUGAUUGACAUUAGUAUCUCCAGUUUGGAAGGUCUGAGGACCAAAUGUGCCACAUCCAACGACUUGACACAAAAAGAAAUCCGAACGCUGGAGGGUAAACUGGUGAAGUACUUUAGUCGGCAGCUCUCUUGCAAGCGUAAAGUGUCCUUACAGGAGCGGAAUGUGGACCUGGAUGGAUUCCCGCAGCUGGGACAUUGGUUCCGCAUUGUUAACAUGAGGAAAGAGGUUAUUGAGGAGAUCUCCCCAGGUGAGCUGACUCUCGAGGCUCUGUUGGAGAUGUCGGAUGAGCAGGUGUGUGAGGCACUGCUGAAGUUUGGAGCGAGUGAUGAAGAAUGUGCUCGGCUCAAUGCCUCGCUCACAUGUCUACGGUCAGCCCACAAAUCAGAACAACUCGAGGAGGACCAAUUACACAGUAACGGAGCAUCCAAGCAGGACUGGUCCAUUCAGUGGCCCACGUCUGAGUCGGGUAAAGAGAACACCCCAGUGGGGCCGUCGGACCCCAGUCAAUGGGUCCGUCUCCAGCUCUCCCAGAGCCCCAAAUUGCACUCGCGCUAUAGCCAGCACUUGUGCCAGAGCCCCCAGGCCCUGGCGCCCCCCUUUUACUCCCCUCACCUGCACUCAGACCGGCUGACCGUAGACCCUCACUCCGGCCUCUUCCCCUCGCCUCUGGAUACGGGACAUCACUCUCUCCCUCCUUCCCCCAGACAGAGGCACUUUGCCCAUACUCCUCCACGGACUCCCUUAGUAGUGAACACCAUGACUCCUCCAGGGACGCCGCAGGUCAGGCGCAGGAAUAAACUGAAGGCCCCCGGAACCCCCCCGCCCGCCAGCCGGAAGCUCAUCCACCUUCUGCCGGGGUUCACGGCUCUGCACCGCAGCAAAUCCCACGAGUUCCAGCUGGGGAACAGAAUAGAUGACGCACAGACACCCAAAACAAAAAAAAAGAACAAGCCGUUGAACCUGAAGAUCCACAGCAGUGUUGCUGGGAGCUGUGAAAACUUGCCGACCCAACGCUCUCCUCUCCACUCAGACCACUCACUUCGCUCCUUCUUUUUCCCUAAUUUUGUCCCUUCGACACCACCGGUUCACUCCGACAACCCCUCAGCAAAUACUCUGUCCGUUCCCCGCUGGUCCCCUCAGAUACCUCGUAGAGACUUUGGCAACUCCAUAAAACACAGGUUUUCCACGAAGUAUUGGAUGUCGCAGACGUGUAUCGUGUGCGGUAAAGGAAUGCUAUUCGGCUUGAAAUGCAAAAACUGCAAAUUGAAGUGCCACAACAAAUGCACCAAAGAAGCACCGCCCUGUCAUUUACUCAUAUACCACAGAGGAGGUAGGGAAUCAUUCAGAGAUCAAGGAACAUCUCAAGGUGAGAGAGCAGCUCGUCAGCUCGUCAGGACCGAGUCGGUACCAUGUGACAUAAACAACCCCCUCAGGUACUUAGACCUCCACAUUAGCCAGACUCUCCCCAAGACCAACAAAAUCAACAAGGACCACAUCCCUGUGCCGUAUCAGCCCGACUCCAGCAGCAACCCCUCCUCCACCACCUCCUCCACCCCUUCAUCUCCUGCUCCCCCUCUGCCGCCCAGCGCGACACCCCCGUCUCCUCUGCACCCGUCCCCGCAGAGUGCCAGACAGCAGAAACAGUCCAACCUUACAGCAUCUCAUUUCUACAAAUACAAGCAGCAGUUCAUCUUCCCUGACGUGGCCCCUGAGGUUCCCACCAGGGCCCCUCAAGUCAUUCUACACCCUGUUCUGUCUGAGACUGGUACCAAAGUGAGUCCCUUGCUACAAAUUGAGGUUGAGCCAACAUCUGAUAACGAGGAAGGCAACGAUGAGGCCGAGGGCUCAGCGGACGAGUUUGAGGAGAUGAAUCUUUCCCUCUUGUCCGCACGAAACUUCCCACGUAAGGCCAGCCAGACCAGUAUCUUCCUGCAGGAGUGGGACAUUCCCAUGGAGCAGCUGGAGAUCGGAGAGCUGAUUGGGAAAGGCCGGUUUGGACAGGUUUACCAUGGACGCUGGCACGGAGAAGUGGCCAUACGACUAAUUGACAUUGAAAGAGACAAUGAAGAGCAGCUGAAAGCAUUUAAAAGAGAGGUGAUGGCGUACAGGAACACGCGGCAUGAAAACGUGGUCCUGUUCAUGGGAGCGUGUAUGAGACCCCCUCAUCUGGCCAUCAUCACCAGCUUGUGUAAGGGCAGGACCCUCUACUCAGUGGUACGAGAUGCAAAAGUUGUUCUCGACGUGAACAAGACUAGACAAAUCGCACAAGAGAUGGUGAAGGGCAUGGGCUACCUACAUGCCAAAGGGAUCCUUCACAAAGAUAUGAAAUCCAAGAAUGUAUUUUAUGACAACGGGAAAGUGGUCAUCACUGACUUUGGCCUGUUCACAAUAUCUGGUGUUCUACAAGCAGGCAGCCGGAGAAAGGAUAAGCUGCGGAUCCCAAGCGGCUGGCUGUGUCAUCUGGCUCCUGAGCUCAUCCGUCAGCUCUCCCCCGAGACGGCAGAAAACCAGCUUCCCUUCUCCAAACAGUCUGACGUCUUUGCCUUUGGCACUAUCUGGUACGAGCUCCAUGCGCGUGAGUGGCCCUUUAAGAACCAGCCAGCUGAAGUCAUUAUCUGGCAGGUGGGAAGUGGAAUGAAGCCCAACCUCACUCAGAUAGGCAUGGGCAAGGAGAUAUCCGACAUCCUGCUGUUUUGUUGGGCGUACGAACAGGAAGAGCGGCCCAGUUUCUCCAAGCUCGUGGAACUACUAGAGAAACUUCCGAAACGCAACCGUCGCCUGUCUCACCCAGUUCACUUCUGGAAAUCAGCUGAGUAUGUGAAAUGAGCUAAACUCAAAAAUGCCAGUUUAUAUUCAAAAAAACCGAAUGAACAACAACAACAAAACAAUCGUUAAAAUGGAGUCAGUCGACGCGACGCUUCUGGAUGGUGCAUGUAUUCUGCUGUAUUUAGCAACGUUUCCUAAAAGCAGUGAUCAUUUAGCAUAUUUAGAGCACAGUAUUUUCUGGUGUAUCGUUUGGUCAUGAAAGAGAGAUGAUUCUCUUUUUUUUUUUUCAGUUGUUGGUUUUGCUAAAUGUUUGAUCUGUUUUGCAUAUACCAACUGCUUGUGAUUUAUUUCUCAUUAUCUCGAAUGAGUCCACUUUCAGUGAAUGUUGUUUUCUUUCGUCGAACCUCUUGCAAUGCAUUUUUAUAACAACCGAAACUUGUGUUGUUUCGAUUUUUUUGUCUGUAUUGCCUUUUCUUUCCUUCCUUUCUGAAUUUGGUCAUUGGAUGAAUGUAUUAUUAAUUUACAAUUUUUUUUUUUCCGAUUUUGAAAAAAAAAAAAAUGUACCUUUCGGAGUUGUUUAUUUUUCUGUCAUCCAUCCUGUGUGUGUUUCACAGAUUUCCAUCCUGUCGUUUGCUUAUUACGCGCGGACGUUCCGAUCACAAAGCUUUAGCGUAACGCGGGGAACGUGAAUCGUUUCCCUUCCCGUCGCGUCAGUCAUUUACUUGCGCGGAAAGAUACAACGGCGCCGCAAUCCAGGCACGUACGUAUGUAUAUUAUCGACACUUGAAUUGUAUCAUGCCUAACUGUGACAAAAACAGAACUGCUAUUCCUGAGCCUACAAAGAAAGGGAUAGAUAUGAAGGACUGUAUCUAUCACACUUACAAACCUUUUCUUAUCAGUGCGUACUUACGAAUGUUUUAGCAUAAUUGAAAGCUUUGCGUUGUUUGUACUAGGCUACACAUUGUUCUAUUGUAGAGAAUACACAGUAACAGUGCACUUUUCACCCACGACGGCAUUUGUAUAUUGCUAUUAAAAAUCACAUCUCACGAAUAUGACUGUUGCAUGUUGCAAGUUCUGGAGUGUCCAUGUUGUAACACGGAACGGUGAUCAUGUCCAAAUGAGUGUGAAGGUUGGUGUCGCUAGCUACGUAUGGCUUAAACAGAACCGCUAUCCCGCUUUCUCCACACCAUGCACUCUGGGUACAGACAAUCUGCUCACUUGUAAAGCCAUGGUUUUUUGGGGUCAUGAACAGUGCCAGUGCUCACAAAACUUGUUGCUGCUGUUAUUUUUCCAAGUAUAUUUUAGGAUCACGAAAAUACAGAUGUUGUUAAGUGGGCGUUUAUAUUUGUACGGUCGACCGUUUUUACAUGCAUGAGAACAUUUUUAGGGGAUUUGUUCACGUUACGGACCCCCCCCCCCGAAUACAGUACCACACUAAGACUAAAUAAAUGACAGCUUGUGUGAUGAGAAAGUAAUACAAAAAUAUGAUCAGACCUUGUGAGGCGCAAUUUUAAACCUAUAAAUAAAUAACUGUGCUAUAAUGUUUCUAUAUAUUUUUUGAAACGGGGGCUAUGAGGAUGUGCUGGGGCAGUGUUUUCACGCUGGGAAUGAUGGGAAAUCACGAGAAGAUGGGAUCUUGUUAGCAGCUUCCAUAUCAGGCCUAUUUAACAGGCUGUAGAUUUUGCUUAAUAAUCUGUUGCUGUAAUUAAUAUUCCAGUCACUGAAUCCGACCUCAUUGUCAUCUCUUAUAUUUCUGCUCCAUUAUGAAUGUAUGAAUUGUUCUGCGUGUACGUGUGUGUGUGUGUGUGUGUGUUGUUGUUUCCUUUUCUUUUUUCGUCCCACUAUCCAUCCAUGCAUUUACUUGGUGGUUGUUGAUUAUUUACCAUCGCACUGGUUUACGUUUCUUUUCUGAUAUUGUGUGCGUGUCUUCGCAGAUUUCUUUGAUGGCCUCCAUGAUUGAUUUUUUUGUAUUAUGUAUUUGUUGUAAGUAUAUAUAAAGCUUGUAUUUACUGAUGCCUUAUGGUCCAUGGCUUAGCGACUGGUACACAUCACAAGCUCUUUCUUUGCACUCAUCCUUUAAAUAAAUAAAAAGGUGUUGAUUUUGGA